GCCGGCUGUCUGUCUUCAUGCAUUAGUAUCCAUCACCAACAACUCCUCUACUAACGUGCUCUCAAGUUUGAGACAGAUGAGUGGAGAAGGCAAGGUGGUUUGCGUUACCGGUGCUUCGGGCUACAUUGCUUCAUGGCUCGUUAAGCUCUUGCUUGCCCGUGGCUACACCGUUCAUGCUACCGUCCGAUCUCUUGAUGAUCCAAAAAAGAUAGAACAUCUGCUUGCUCUUGAUGGGGCUAAGGAAAGAUUAUCUUUGUUUGAAGCUAACUUGACUGCUGAAGGAUCUUUUGACUCUGCAAUUGAUGGCUGCGUCUGUGUCUUUCAUACGGCAUCGCCUGUUAUGUUUUCAGUUGAUGAUCCAAAGACGAAAUUGCUAGAUCCUGCACUGAAGGGGACAUUGAAUGUUCUUAAAUCAGCUGCAAAAGUUAAAUCUUUGAAGAGAGUUGUGUUGACGUCUUCAAUAGCUACAGUUAUGUAUGGAGUCAAACUUCCAGAGUCUGGUGGCGUGGUGGAUGAAACCUGGUUUUCAGAUCGAGUCGUUUGUGAGGAGAUAGAGUGGUGGUAUAAUGUUUCAAAGAUUACUGCUGAGGAUGCUGCUGUAAGAUUUUCAAAAGAGAAUGGUCUAGAUUUGGUGGUUAUAAAUCCAGGCUAUGUGAUUGGUCCUCUCUUACAACCUACUCUAAACUUCACCUCUGAGGGAUUUAUGAGCUUUAUAGAAACGGGAAAGGAUGUAUUUCCAGAUGAUAUCAACAUACUUGUUGAUGUGAGGGAUACUGCUACCGCGCAUAUAUUAGCAUUUGAGAAACCAGAAGCUAAUGGUAGAUAUUGCGUGGUCGGGGAUGUGGUUCGGGCAUCUAAGAUCAUGAUGAUCUUAGACAAUCUCUACCCUGAUCGUGGCUAUUCUCUAAGGUAUAAUAAAGACAAGUGUGUCGAGGCGCUACCAUAUAAUGUGUCGAAAGCAAAGGCAGAAAGUCUAGGUCUUGAGUUUACUCCUUUAGAGGUGAGCCUCAAGGAUACUAUUGAAAGCCUGAAAGAGAAGAAAUUUAUGAACUUAUAAGUUCUUGGUUAUUUUAUGUUUGUUUCAAUAUUUUAUGUUGUUAGUGUUUGUGAUGAAAGAUAACUGUUAAGAAUGAUUCUAACUCCACCAAGUAGCCAUAGGAAGUUGCAUGUAGCCGUUUGAAGUCAUUAUGCACGUGGGUAUUGAGUCAAAUAAAAAAGUCCCCAGUCUAA